AUGUCCUUCAUUCUCCGGAGGCCCUUUGCGGUCUCCUCAAACACAUUGCGACCACUUAGCAACCCGUCGACGCUCGUCCGGGCGUUCCAUUCUUCUCCGAAAUCAUCAAACACCUUCUUCAACCCCCGGCCACUUGGCUCGACCUCGAACGCACAAUCGCUGUUAAAGUCUGCAGCUCUGCGCAAUGGCUUCAAGCGCGACUACCAGACGCCCUCGUACCAGCCCGCCAACCCAGCCGCGAGCGGGAACCUCACGCAACGGCUUCUCUACGGCGCUGCGCUGAUCGGUGGAACGAUCGUGGCCACCAAUUUCAUCUUUAACCGCGAAACGCGCGAAGAUGGCGGCAUGCCGCCUUUUGAGCGGGAAUACCUAAAUCAGACGUUUAUGCACACCGGUCUGGGCAUUGGGAUUAUAGGCCUUGCUGCCAGGACACUGCACACCAGCGGAUGGAGUUACAGGCUGAUGGCCACGAACCCGUGGCUGGUGGUCGGGCUGGGUUUGGCGGCCAGUAUUGGCACCAUGUACGGCACCAUGUACACGCACCCUGACAACUACGUUCAAAAAUAUGCCCUUUGGACAGCUUUCAACGUUACCCAGGCUGCCAUCCUCACUCCGCUAAUGUUCCUCUCGCCUGCGAUCCUGGCUCGCGCUGGACUCUACACCAUUGGCAUGAUGGGUUCGAUCGCAUUCGUCGGCGCCACGGCCAAGCAAGAGAAGUACCUAUAUCUGGGAGGACCGUUACUCGCGGGUGUCGCUAUCGUCGCCAUCUCCGGGUUUGCGCCCCUGGUUCUCCCCGCCACGGCUGUCCGCACGCUCGCCUGGACCGAGAACAUUUGGCUAUAUGGUGGCCUCGCAGUCUUUGGUGGAUUUACCCUCUAUGACGUGCAGAAGAUCUUGCACCAUGCCAGGAUGAGUGAGCGGGGAUUGGUGAGAAAGGACGUGGUCAACGAGAGCAUCUCGCUCGAAUUGGACUUUUUGAACAUCUUUAUCCGGAUGGCGCAGAUUUUGAGCAUGAGGCAGAAUAACAGGAGAUGA